AUAAUGUAGUAUUGUGUAUAUUUGAGUUCCAAAUAACUGUAAUAAUAGCCGCAUAACUAUUGGCAACGCCGCUUUCAGACUAAAUAAUAACAGAUCAAAGUAACGGCUAUAGAUUUAACAAUACCCAGUUAAUUGUUAUGGUUAUCUAUGGUUAUUGUGUGGUUGUGCAAGUUUAUUUUUUGUUUUGAGGUUAUAUAUUUUCAAAUUUGAGUUUCUAGCAUUCAAGAACUACAAGAUUUUCAUUUUAAAUCCUGUAAUAUUCUUUAAAUUGUGAACUACGCAUCAAUAUAACUAGUUUAUGGUACAUUGGAUGCACAAGUGUCCUAUCAAAAAACAAGUGGCCCCUUCUUCAGGAUUAAAUACGACAUUUAAGAUGGAUACUGUUGACAUUAAAGCUGUCGAAUCGAAACUAAACGAUGUCACCGUUACUCCUGUUCCUAUGCCAGCAAACUUCAGCCCCAAUCCAAAAUCUAACCCUCAACCGGCUGUUGUAACUGCCAGCAGUCAGCAGCCAAGUCAGUCAAAAUAUGCUCAGCUUUUAGGAGUUAUUGAAGAAUUAGGAAGAGAAGUAAGACCAACAUAUGCGGGCAGUAAAAGUUCAGCAGAGAGAUUAAAAAGGGGUAUUGUACAAGCUCGUUUAUUAGUUAGAGAAUGCCUUAUUGAAACUGAAAGAAGUGCUCGUCAGUGAUUAGUUUUACAGAUAAAUACACUGCCUUAUAAAGUAAAAUUCAUUUACAUUUUUGUAAUUUGUAGAUUAGUUAACUUUUGCUCAUUAAUAGAAGAGUCAAGUGUGUUUGCUAGAAGCUAAUGUCAACUUUUUUCUGUGUUUUGUUUGCUGUUGGUUUUCUUAUCAAUCUUUACACAAUUAGUCACCAUAAACUAAAAUAAUAAGUGCCAAACAGUAAUUACAAGUUUUUUUAUGUAUGUUCAAGUUACCACUUUAUUUUAAACGAUUAAAGAUACCUCAUUUUAUAAAUUAAUAUAAUUUUGCAAUUUUUUUCCACACAAUUCACUAAAGAAUAGAAGUGUUCUAGUCGCAUAGCAUUGAAAUGUAUUUUUUUUUAAUUAUCCUAACGUUCACUAAGUUAUGUGAAUAUAUAAAAGAUUCCAUAUUAAGUUAAUUAGCAUCAUUUUGACUUACGUUAUUUACUGCCUAGUACAAGCAUCUAAUUAUUAGCACAUUUUUCUCUGUAAAUACAAUUUAGGGUCUUAUUUUCCUUAAAAAAAAACACGUAGCUAAAAAUAGUUAAGUAGUUGACUCGAAAGUUAUGAUUGGUUUUUUUAAUCUUAAUUAAUUGAUUUAAAAAAAUUAAUAAAAGUACUUAAAAACAACGCGAAACACCAAAAUAAAUGUAAUACAUAGGGUAUUUUACAUGCAUAUAUUUUUAUAUCAGGAAAAUUGUUGAAUAGUUUUAAGACACUGUAAUACUGUAAGCCAUAAAAGUGUAUAAAGAAAAGCAAAGCACACAAUGUAAUAAUCUAUAAUAUAUAAUAACUCUGAUCUCAGGUAGAGUGCAGGGAAAACGAUAAAAUUAAAUAAGGAUUAAGAUUUAAUUAUGUAAUUAACAAACCCGUUGAUGUAUAUUUUUAAAUAAUAGAUUAGUUGUGAAAAUAAUAAAGCCAAUAGUACCAA